GUGUGUUCUUGAAGGAAAAUGGAAUCAGUAACCGCCCAAGAACUUCCCUAUGGAAAAGACUACCACUUAUUCGUGUGUUAUACAAGUGCCAAUUUGCAUGAGGUUCGUACCAUCGUGGAUAAUUUAGAAAACGCGGGAUUUAAAUGUUGCUACCAUGAGAGAGAUUUCACAGCUGGACAAUCAGUGCUUGAAAAUAUCAAUCAGUCUAUGAAUAGAAGUCUCCAUAUGCUUGUUAUUCUCUCCGAAGCUUUGUCUACCCAACCAUAUGCUCUACAUGAAAUUGAGGGAGCACUGCAUAAACGGAUUAGUGACGGAUACUUUAUUAUACCUAUUCGUAUAGAGCCAUGUGCCGUUCCAGAUUACCUCAAGUCCACUACGUGGAUAGAGGCCUCCGAGGACGAAAUCGAUGAGAUGCACAUCAAAAUUAUAGAUGCAGUCGUCAAACAUGAUAUAGCAUCUGGACGGAAGUACCCUGACAAUGGUAAAUCAGAAGUGUUUCCACUCAUGACCAGUGGUGGUUUGCGCAGUUUAUCAAUUCCAAGAUUCCAGCUAAAACUAAACACUUCGGAAAUACAAAGACGUUUAUGGGAAAACGGAUUUCAGCUGAGUGUAGAAGAAAUGGACGACAUUGAGCGGAUGGUAAAUGGUUCAUUUAUUGUGAAACACUUGCAUAUUUUACAUUUCUUUUGUCUGAUAACAAUGCUGAUCUACGUUGCUCUGACCGUCGGAACAGUUUCUAUCACGAUGUUGCUGGUGUACUGUUUGUUUGGGGAUAGCCCAGAGGAGAUGGAAUAUGGCUAUACAGUGGUGGUCGUGUUCAGCAGUGUUGCGUUGCCAGUGUGGCUUGUCCUCUCUUGUGGUAUUGGACGCAUUUAUGGAAUCCCAAGAGUACUCGAAAAGGGACAAGAAGAGAUAUACAAACGAUUGUGGAAAAUAAACAGUCAAUACAAAACAAAAAAUCUAUUUGUUUUGUAUAAACAUGAAAUACGAAGUGUAAAGAUUAUCAAAUACAACACUAAACCCUGUAAGAUAUAUCUGAAACGAUUAUUUGGAAAGAACGAGAAAUUGAAAAGCAAACUGGUGCAUGAGCAUGAUGUAGAGAAAAGUAUUGAGAAGCUUUUCGAAAGGAUCGUCAGAAGUAGAUAUAUUGAGAAGGUUGACGAAAUGUACGGGAAUACGAGGCAUCCUUUAAUAGGCGAUUUGCAAUGCCUAUGUGUGGGAAUUGAGCAAAUCAUUCAAACGGCUCCCGACCAUGUCUUGUAGUCGUAAGCGAUACAUUUCUAUUCGCUAUAAACGUUAGAUCCGCUGACGAGUGAUAUAAAACACGCUGCCUCGUAUAUUCUUUUAUAAACAAACAAUGCAGAGUUUUGUUCAAGAUAUAUUAUAACAUGUCACCCUUAUACAACUUUAAGAUAGUAUUAUCAAAUGUAUCAUUUCCAGUGUGUAUAUUUUUUAUACAUAUUGUAAUAAAUAUGGCUUAUAGAAACAUACAGAAACAGCAUCAUUCAUGCCCAAAAUUUGUUCAGAAAAACGUUUUAUCGGGACCAACAAUAGUUUUAAUAACAGUGUUAUUUAUUAGUCGAACGUUCUAAAGCGUUCUAAAGCGAAACAAGC